GCCUCCGCUUUCCGCCGUCGCUGCGCGUACGACCCGCCUUCACGACAACCGGCUCUUGAGAUCUUUUCUUUCGUCUGCAGUUCCAUCUUGUGCUCUCUCACGUGCUGUGGUAAGAGCCGUCCACGCAUCGUCUCAGCACACCGAUACACACGCCCAAACGCAGCUUCGACAUGGCACUCGACAAUAACACCCUCCAGCAGCAGCCCACUGAGGUGCUCAUCGACGGCGUCCUCUACGACUGCGCCAACUUCCGUCACCCGGGCGGCAGCAUCAUCAAGUACUACCUCGGCAGCGGCGAUGCCACGGAGACCUACCAGCAGUUCCACAUCAAGCUGCCCAAGGCGGACAAGUAUUUAAAGACGCUGCCCCACCGUCUUGCCCCGCCGCGGACCAACGUAGACCCGACGGAGCAGAAGCGGCUCGACAAGCUCUCCGCCGAUUUCAAGGCCCUGCACGAGGCGUGUGUGGAGGAGGGUCUCUUCGAUGCGUGCUGGCCGCACAUCAUCUACCGCUUCGCUGACAUCUUCGUUCUGCACGCCCUGGGUCUCUUCAUGCUCUUCCGCCUUCCCGCGCUCUGGCCGUUAGCGCUUUUCCUUCUCGGCAUUGGGGAGGGCCGCUGCGGGUGGUGGAUGCACGAGGCGGGCCACUACAGCGCCACCAGCAUCCCCUGGCUGGACAUCAAGAUCCAGGAGAUUCUGUACGGCGUGGGCUGCGGCAUGAGCGGGGCGUGGUGGCGCGUGCAACACAACAAACACCACGCCACACCGCAGAAGCACCGCCACGACGUUGACCUCGAGACGCUGCCGCUGAUGGCCUUCAACAAAGUCAUCGCACGCCGUGGAAAGAGGAACAUUAACAUCCGCCGCUGGAUCUCGCUGCAGAUGUACCUCUUCGGCCCCGUCACGUGCUCGCUUGUGGCGCUGUACUGGCAGCUGUACCUGCAUGUGCGCCACGUCAUUCGGACCCGUCGCUACACCGAGGCCGUCUCUAUUCUCGCGCGCUGGGUCAUCGUUGGCGUCGUGUGCCAUCAGCUGCAGGUAUCCGUCUGGAAAGGGCUCGGCGGCGUUCUCUUCUCCCAGGCCUUUGGUGCGGCCUACAUCUUUGUCAGCUUCUCGCUGAACCACUCUCACCUGCCGGUGCUGUCGGAGGACCAACACGCGCACUUCGUCGAGUACGCCGCCAUCUACACCAUGGACGUCGCCCCCACGUGGUUCGUGACGUGGUUCAUGGGCUACCUGAACUACCAGGUCGAGCACCACCUCUUCCCCUGCAUGCCGCAGUUCCGCUUUGUCGCGCUGGCCCCACGCGUGCGCAUGAUGUUUGAGGCAAACGGGCUGACCUACGACUCCCGUCCCUACAUGCAGGUGCUCCGAACCACCUUCAAGAACCUCGGCGAUGUGGCGGAGUACAUGGUGACAAAGGACUAG